CGUCCGGAUUGUUUCGUCGUCUCUACGUUCGGAAACUCGCGUUUUGCGUUGAAACUCGUAAGUGACCCGGCUAGGAUGGCUCCAGUGAUGCUUAAAGGGAAAAACUAUGCCCUAUUAAUAGGGGGUAUCGUAGGACUCAUAGGUUUGGCGUGUUACCCGAUCAUCGUCCACCCAAUGCUAUAUCCGGAAGAGUACAAAAAGCUGCAGAGAGUCAAUAGGGCGGGCAUAAAGCAGGACGAAAUUCAGCCUGGCAAUAUGCGAGUGUGGAGUGACCCCUUCAAACCCCGGGAAGAAGAUAAGCGAUAAAUAGGCUUCCCGUUGGCAAAAUGGUGCGCUUCACGAACAAUUCUAACUACCAUCAAUAGUAGUUGGCCGACCCUACUGCGGUCAGGACCGCACGGAAAAGCUUAAAAACAGUAUCUUAGCCAAUUGUUUUACAAUAAAGUAACCUGUGUUAGAAAGGGUAACGGAACGUACCACACGUAUUUUUAAAGAAAUGUAACAUUUCGCCCGACAUUAGUGGAAAAAU